UUUUGUAAUGGUGGAAUUUCUAGCUGUGUGAUUUGUUUUUCGUGCAAAUUUAGCAGAACAAUGCAAAUUCACAUAUCUCCUCGAUGUCUACGUAUAGAGUAUGAGAUACCACAACGAAGAGAAGUCACAAAUGUACUCACAAUUGAUUGUAUGUGAACUGUGUCACCGUUUGCUCUUUUUUUUCACCUCGAUGACGAUGUCGAUGAUUUAUUUUCAAAAUACACCCAGUCUGCUUUGACAUUAUUGUGAUGCUGUAGAAAUUAGUGGAUUUCAUCUGUCGAGCAAAAUCAGACUUCUGAGAACUCCUGACAAAAUGGAUACAGCAGAUGAUGUUGGACCUGAUGUUCCAAGUCUUCAGUCAACAAUGCAAAUCACUCGACCAGAGCGAUAUGACAUAGAUGAUAAAGUUCAAUCGCCAAUUUCAUCUCGUAGUAAUUUAUCGCAAAUGUUUGAUUUUAGCAGUAUAUUGAGAGCACAUCCUCGGAAAUAUGAACUUAUUCUUGAGGAGGAAGAGAGGGAUCUUCAACAAAGUAAACCCUCAACUAAUGUCCGAAGGAAGACCCCAAGAAGCAGAUCUGUUGAUAGCAGAAUCAGGUCAACCAAUAAAGAUAAAGGGGUAGAGAAACAGAGAGAUGAGUUCUUGAAAAAGAAAUCCCUUUCACAUGCUGAUGUGUCUCCAUCUCCUUCGCAUACUGAAGUAAUGCCUUACGGGAUCAGCCAAAAAAGUAGCGCAGAUGAUACUAAUGAAAAGACAUCACGUUUCCUAGAUUUAAAAAAUGAGCUGAUAUCCACAAGUGAUGAGACAGCACACAUGUAUGAACCACCAGUGACCGAUUCUGAGGAUGAAGUUACUGUUGUUCCAGCCACACAGUCACGUUUUCUAUCUCGUCAACAUAGUUUUCCUCUUUUGGAUGAAGAAAUGGAAUUUGCUACAGUCACUUUACCCGACGGCUCUAAAGUUCAGCUCCCUGAUGUUGAUGUUAUAGCAAGUGGGCAGCAAACUCCAGUAUCAGAGAAUCCAUCUCCAGUGUGCACUCCAAAGCAUUCACCAAGAUUAAGAGCCAGACAUGAUUUGCAAGAGGAGAAUAUGAAAUGUGUACCAGUCCUAAUUCAGUCCAACGUGAAGAAACUGUUUGGAAUUGGUCCUGAGUUUCAGCAUCCACCUGAGCACACGUGUGUCAGAGAGGAUGAUGCAAGACAGCUGGGUUUGAUGCAAAGAGUUGUCCAAGGGGGCUUCACAGCAAAUAAAAAGAGUUUCUUUCACCAGAGAGAAGACAUGGAUUUCUUUCCCCCUGAUAACCCCCCAAAGACUUCAGCUGUAGAUGGAGCCCAGAAAGUAAAAAAUCGGUUUAUUUCAAAACCGGAAAUGAAUUUUCUUUCUCCAACAUCAAUGUGAUUAGUCAUUUAUGAGAUAAAUAUUUAUUGUUUUUCUAGUGUUCAGUACAUCAGUGAUACAUAUUUAGUCACAAAGGCAAGAAUACAACUUGUAGUUAUAAUUUUAAACUAAAAUGUUUGAGAGUGAAUAAUAUUUUGCAUAUCUCUGCCUAUAUUAUGUCGUCUUUUACGAGUACCUAGGUUUUUGUUGUGAAAGUGAAGACCUGGCCAGCUUUUGCCACAUAAAGCAGACAUUAAAGACAUUAAGACUAGAAUGCACACAUGCAGGCAAGCAGGCACGCACGCAGGCAGGCACGCAGGCAGGCAGGCACGCACGCCUAUGUAACGUUGCACAUGUAAAUAAAAGUUUUCCUUCUAUUCGCUGUU